AUGGGUCCAACUGAAGGCCUGGUUUUGAUGAGAGUAAAGGGUGCUAUGGAGGGUCCAACUGAAGGGCUGGUUUUGAUGACAAUAAAGGGUGCUGUGGAGGGUCCAACUGAAUGCCUGGUUUUGAUGACAGUAAAGGGGGCUGUGGAGGGUCCAACUGAAGAUCUGGUUUUGAUGACAGUAAAUGGGGCUGUGGAGGGUCCAACUGAAGGCCUGGUUUUGAUGACAGUAAAUGGGCCUGUAGAGGGUCCGACUGAAGGCCUGUUUUUGAUGACAGUAAAGGGGGCUGUGGAGGGUCCAACUGAAGGUCUGGUUUCGAUGACAGUAAAUGGGGCUGUGGAGGGUCCAACUGAAGGCCUGGUUUUGAUGACAGUUAAUGGGGCUGUGGAGGGGCCAACUGAAGGCCUGGUUUUGAUGACAGUAAAGGGUGCUGUGGAGGGUCCAACUGAAGGCCUGGUUUUGAUGACAGUAAGGGUGCUGAGGAGGGUCCAACUGAAGGCCUGGUUUUGA